GGUUUGUCCAGAAUUGCUUUAUAAAGAGAAAUCAGCUGUGAUAAAUGUCCUUAAAAGCCAAACAUUACAUUAGCAGACUGCAGGGAUGUUGCUCCUCAUUUAUCUGAACGCUUGCUGGUUCCUUCAUCAGUGGACCACCCUGCCUGAGGUCAGUGAGUUUGACUGAAAGCUUUAGUCCACAUUUUCUCAGUGAAUUCACAGACUAAAUGUUCACUGAUCCUGGUUCCUUCAGGAAGUGUGUUCUUGUCUUGAACCGUUUUAUUUUUGUGCCCAGCAGUGAUGUGCUGCUCAGGAACGAGUCCAUUUGCCAACUCUUUUUUUUUUUCUGCUCCUAAUCUAUUAUAAACCAAGUUACACAUUAUUAAUUCUGCCUAAACGCUUUAAAGAUUUUAAUCCAUUGUGAAACCAAACAGUUUAAACCAGUACUGAAGUCCAAAUCAGUACCGGUGUAUUCCAUUCUUCUAAAAGUCUAAAACUUGAUUCAGGGAGUGAAAACUAACCAGCUUUACUGUGUUCCAGUUGCAAGUUAAAAAAAAACAGUGGGAUUUGUUCAAAAUUAGAGGUUUAAUGACAGUCUGUUAGCAUUAGAAACUCAUAAGGUGUUUAUAUGUUGAAAGAUGUUCAGAAACAGGUUGGACAGUUUUCUGAUUCAUCUGAAGUCCAAAUAAUCCGUUUUAUUCUGUAACAGUCAUGGUGUUUUAUGUUGGCUACAUUUUUUAUUUUGACAUCAUGGAUGCUUGACUUUCCUAAUUAGAAUAUUUAAUUUCAGGAGCAUUGCAGUUGAUUUGAAGCUUCUGUAACUGGCCUUGUGUGGACACAUGAAAGUGGAGAUGUAACAUGUCCACAGUACCUGAUGUAAAUGUUGUAUUUUUGAACAGUUUUAUAUUUUAUAAGUUCUCACGUGUGUGUUUUGAUAUAUUUAUCAAACAGGGUUGAAAUAUAAAAGCCAGGACAUUAGAAGAAGAACUAUUUGUUAGCCGGAAGAAUCGCUAGGCCGAGCCAAAUGAAUCGGAUCCCAGUCUGGAGCCGGAAUUCCCCCCACCAAUGGCUUUCAGCUGUAAUCUCGCGAUAAACAGCGAGACUAACAGAAGCCGGUUUGGCGGAGUAAGCAGACAGUCAAUUAGCGGUAAAUAAAUCCGUUUUCAUUAAAAACCCGCAGAAUUUGGACCAGUUUCCGAUGAUUUUCGGUUAAUUUUUCUGUCGGUAGAACCUCUGCUUUGUUUAAACCCGCUUUAACGUGUUUUAUCGGCCGCUGGAGGCGCUGACAGCCCGGAUUAUAAUCCCACAAACGGACCGUUUUUAUCGGAUUCAGUCCACUGAGGAGGAAUUCUGAGAAUCGGACCAGAACCGAACAGGUUCUGCUAGGUGUUUCUGAGGAGCCGAUCCGGAUCAGAGGAACGGUUCUGGUUAAUAUUCUAGAAGCUAAUCUUCGAUUGUUUUAGCAGAUGGGGGACAUGUGACGUGGUGCUAGUUCGUCCCGUCCGUCCAUUAACCCGAUCUUCCUCCUCCUGCAGCGGUUCGGUCCGGUUCUGUCGGACUCUCAUGAUUCAGCAGCAGGGAACCCGUUUGCUCGCUGGUGUGUUCUGCCAGUGUCGGUCCGCGGAAACCCACGCUGGCGUGGACCCGGGUGGAGGGUGUGGGCCACAUCCCUCGGCCAGCCCGCAGCUCGCUUCCCAGGACUCUCGGCCCGGUUCGGAGAUCCUGGAUCAUCCAUGUGACAUGUGCGGAGGUCCGGAGCAGGAGCACCGGCUGAAGGUUCUGUUCCAGAUCCUGGAUGUGAACGGGGACGGAGGGAUCUGCGUGAACGACCUGACCAUCGGUCUGAAGAAGCUGGGAGUCCACCGAACCGAACACGAGCUAAGGAAAAUAGUCAAAGCAGGAGACAAAGACCUGGAUGGACAGCUGGACUUUAAAGAGUUUGUUCAUUACCUCAGAGAUCAUGAGAAGAAACUGCGACUCGUCUUCAAGAGUCUGGACAAGAAGAACGACGGCUGGAUCGACUCGCAGGAGAUCAUGCAGUCCCUGCGCGACCUGGGAAUCAAUAUCUCUGAGGAACAGGCUGAGGAGAUUCUCAGAAGAAUAAGGACUGGGCUUAUCUGGACCCCGGUCCUGUACAUGGAUAAAAACGGCACCAUGACCAUAGACUGGGAUGAGUGGAGAGAUUAUCACCUGCUGCAUCCGGCGGACAACAUUCCUGAAAUCAUCCUGUACUGGAAACACUCCACGAUCCUGGAUGUCGGUGAGAGUAUAAUCGUCCCUGAUGAGUUCACUGCUGAGGAGAAGAAAACAGGCAUGUGGUGGCGACACCUGGUGGCUGGAGGAGGAGCCGGCGCCGUGUCCCGGACCUGCACGGCACCGCUCGACAGGCUUAAAGUUCUGAUGCAGGUUCACGCCUCUAAAAGCAACAGCAUGCGGAUCGCCGGUGGGUUCCUUCAGAUGAUCCGAGAGGGCGGGGUGAGGUCGCUGUGGAGAGGAAACGGGAUCAACGUGAUCAAAAUCGCUCCGGAGUCUGCCAUCAAGUUCAUGGCUUACGAGCAGAUUAAACGACUCAUCGGAAGCAACCAGGAGACGCUGGGAAUGACGGAGAGAUUCGUGUCCGGAUCUCUGGCUGGAGCAAUCGCUCAGAGCAGCAUCUACCCCAUGGAGGUUCUGAAGACCCGCUUGGCCCUCAGGAAGACGGGUCAAUACUCUGGGAUCGUGGACUGUGCCAAACACAUCAUCCAGAAGGAGGGAAUGACAGCUUUCUACAAAGGUUACAUCCCCAACAUGCUGGGCAUCAUUCCGUACGCCGGCAUCGAUCUGGCCGUCUACGAGACCUUGAAGAACUCCUGGCUGCAACGUUUCGCCACAGACAGCGCCGAUCCUGGAGUCUUUGUGCUUCUGGCCUGUGGGACCACCUCCAGCACCUGCGGACAACUGGCGAGCUACCCACUGGCUCUGGUCCGAACCCGGAUGCAGGCACAAGCUUCUCUGGACAGCGGACCUCAGAUGACCAUGACGGGCCUUUUCCGACACAUCGUCCGGACCGAAGGAGCGCUGGGACUCUACCGAGGCCUCGCCCCUAACUUCAUGAAGGUCAUCCCGUCCGUCAGCAUCAGCUACGUGGUGUACGAGUACCUGAAGAUCGCGCUGGGGGUCCAGUCCAGGUGAAGAGGCGCAGGAACCGGACAGCUUCCUCCUUCAUGUUGGACCGAACCGAUCAGUGACUGAAGGAGGCGCCGGGCUCCCAGCCGCUGGUUGCUUUUAGUUUUAGUGCUUUAUCGCCUCUGAGUCUUAAUUCACACACAGGUUUACAUUACUGGGAGUCAUGGAAACCAGUCUGCUGCUGGGACACUGGUUUCAUGUCAUCAGAUCAUCUGGGCUGUGAAGAUGUGACUGGAGCUCCGCUGAGGGUGGAUUACUGAAGGCUUCUCCACCGACCUGCAGCAGAACAAUCAUGCAGCGUCUGCUCCAUGAUUCUGCUGGUGGAACAGGUCUUGUCCUGAAGGUCUAACUGAUCUCAAGGCAACCAAACUGGAUCGGAGACCAGCUGAGGACACAUCUCCAUCGCUCCUGCUGGCUGCCAGAGGAGAAGCUGCAGCAGCCCAGUCAGCGUGGGGCUGGAAGACAUUCCUGAAGAUCAGCAGGAGGUCCUCCUGAUCUGAUCAGAUAUCGGAUCUAAAACCAGUCCAGUUUCUACAUAAACCACCUGCUGCAGGUUUCCUGACCCAGAGCCUCGAUCUUCUUCAUAAAGUGACCCGAGUCGGAUCCAGCUGAGAUCAGUUGGAAUAUUUUCAGUGGCAGCUCCAAGUUCAAGCAGCUAGAGAUCUUCAUCAUGUCUGCAGAUGUUACUGAUGAUGAAGCUCUUCUUCAGCUCCUUACAGCCGGUUUUAAUUUGUUAUUUUGCCAUUUUACAAACAGGGACCUUUAGCGCCUCCUGCAGACCAUGUGGAGAAAAACAGGUUUGAUUCCAGUUUUAGUUGUUUAGGUCAAUCAUCUGAGCUCCUCCAGGUCUGAGGAGAUGGUUUCCCACCUGGGAAAAGGGAGUGAUGGCAGGAUGGAUCUUUAUCUGCAGUGAUGCUGAUGGUGAAGCUCUGGAUGUACUGCUCCAUCUAUAUUCCAGCCCUCAUCUAUGGUCUUGGCAUGUGGAUCAUGACCAGAAGAAUGAGAUCCUGGACAAAUGCAGCUCUGGAGGGUAGCUGGACUCUGCCUUAGAGAUUAGGAGAAGAGCUCCAGCUGAGACAGUUCAUCAGAUCAGGAUCUCUGCCAGAAUUUCCUGGAAGGAUCCUGGAUCACUCCUGGACUGAUUCCUGAUCCUGGAAGGAUCCUGGAUCACUCCUGGACUGAUUCCUGAUCCUGGAAGGAUCCUGGAUCACUCCUGGACUGAUUCCUGAUCCUGGAAAGAUCCUGGACCACUCCUGAACUGAUUCCUGAUCCUGGAAGGAUCCUGGACCACUCCUGAACUGAUUCCUGAUCCUGGAAGGAUCCUGGACCACUCCUGAACUGAUUCCUGAUCCUGGAAGGAUCCGGGAUCACUCCUGGACUGAUUCCUGAUCCUGGAAGGAUCCUGGAUCACUCCUGGACUGAUUCCUGAUCCUGGAAGGAUCCUGGAUCACUCCUGGACUGAUUCCUGAUCCUGGAAUGAUCCUGGAUCACUCCUGGACUGAUUCCUGAUCCUGGAAAGAUCCUGGACCACUCCUGAACUGAUUCCUGAUCCUGGAAGGAUCCUGGACCACUCCUGAACUGAUUCCUGAUCCUGGAAGGAUCCUGGAUCACUCCUGAACUGAUUCCUGAUCUUGGAAUGAUCCUGGAUCACUCCUGGACUGAUUCCUGAUCCUGGAAGGAUCCUGGAUCACUCCUGAACUGAUUCCUGAUCUUGGAAGGAUCUUGGAUCACUCCUGGACUGAUUCCUGAUCCUGGAAGGAUCCUGGAUCACUCCUGAACUGAUUCCUGAUCUUGGAAGGAUCCUGGAUCACUCCUGGACUGAUUCCUGAUCCUGGAAGGAUCCUGGAUCACUCCUGAACUGAUUCCUGAUCUUGGAAGGAUCCUGGAUCACUCCUGGACUGAUUCCUGAUCCUGGAAAGAUCUUGGAUCACUCCUGGACUGAUUCCUGAUCCUGGAAGGAUCCUGGACCACUCCUGAACUGAUUCCUGAUCCUGGAAGGAUCCUGGAUCACUCCUGGACUGAUUCCUGAUCCUGGAAGGAUCCUGGAUCACUCCUGGACUGAUUCCUGAUCCUGGAAGGAUCCUGGAUCACUCCUGGACUGAUUCCUGAUCCUGGAAGGAUCCUGGAUCACUCCUGGACUGAUUCCUGAUCCUGGAAGGAUCCUGGAUCACUCCUGGACUGAUUCCUGAUCCUGGAAGGAUCCUGGAUCACUCCUGGACUGAUUCCUGAUCCUGGAAGGAUCCUGGAUCACUCCUGAACUGAUUCCUGAUCUUGGAAGGAUCCUGGAUCACUCCUGGACUGAUUCCUGAUCCUGGAAGGAUCCUGGAUCACUCCUGAACUGAUUCCUGAUCUUGGAAGGAUCCUGGAUCACUCCUGGACUGAUUCCUGAUCCUGGAAAGAUCUUGGAUCACUCCUGGACUGAUUCCUGAUCCUGGAAGGAUCCUGGACCACUCCUGAACUGAUUCCUGAUCCUGGAAGGAUCCUGGAUCACUCCUGGACUGAUUCCUGAUCCUGGAAGGAUCCUGGAUCACUCCUGGACUGAUUCCUGAUCCUGGAAGGAUCCUGGAUCACUCCUGGACUGAUUCCUGAUCCUGGAAGGAUCCUGGAUCACUCCUGAACUGAUUCCUGAUCCUGGAAAGAUCUUGGAUCACUCCUGGACUGAUUCCUGAUCCUGGAAGGAUCCUGGACCACUCCUGAACUGAUUCCUGAUCCUGGAAGGAUCCUGGAUCACUCCUGGACUGAUUCCUGAUCCUGGAAAGAUCCUGGAUCACUCCUGGACUGAUUCCUGAUCCUGGAAGGAUCCUGGACCACUCCUGAACUGAUUCCUGAUCCUGGAAGGAUCCUGGAUCACUCCUGGACUGAUUCCUGAUCCUGGAAAGAUCCUGGAUCACUCCUGGACUGAUUCCUGAUCCUGGAAAGAUCCUGGAUCACUCCUGGACUGAUUCCUGAUCCUGGAAGGAUCCUGGAUCACUCCUGGACUGAUUCCUGAUCCUGGAAGGAUCCUGGAUCACUCCUGGACUGAUUCCUGAUCCUGGAAGGAUCCUGGACCACUCCUGAACACUAUAACGGACUCAGAUGAUUAUUUACUGCAGGUUUAUUUAUUUAUUUCAGUAUUUAUUGUUUGGUAGAAGAAGCGAUGAUGUUUAACCUUCAGUUCAGUUUUUUCUGUUACUGUUCUUUCUUUUAAAGCUGAUGAUCUGGGUUCAACAUUCCCACUCAUCAUGUUCUGUUCGUCUGUCACAGUUUGAAUCUCGGAGUUUUAAAGAACAGGAAAAUGUUGGUUUAUCACAGAAAUGUCCUUCAAAAUAAAAGCUCAGAGUGGAAGAAGGAUCUGAAGGAAUGUUUCCAGUGGGAUUUCUCAUGUCUGCAGAGACUUUAAACCUUCAGAUGUUGGUCUCCUCAGUUCCUCUGCAGAUACUGCUCUCCCCCUGCUGCCUGAUUGGCCCAAUGUUCCUGCUGCUGGAGAACUGAAAUGGUUUGAAAGUGAAAGUGAAGCAUGUUCAGGAGAUGUUCAUGUUUGAUGCUGACGUCAGUAACAGCUGGUUUUAUAUUAAAUAAGAAAUGCUGCAUCUUA